GAAACCCCACCCGCCGGUCACUGUUCCAACGUCACGGCCCUAUCAGGACUUCCAGCUCACUUCCCAGUACGCCCUUUACUCCUUGUCUCCUCCCAGAUUUCCAUUGUUCCAUUUCAAACCCUAACCCUGCUACUCUUUUAUACUCUUCUCUGCAACUCCACCCUCAAGAGAUCUCUCCUCAGACGCAGCACACUGGGUUGGUCUUCAAUGAAGUAAUGUAAGGUUUGAUUUUGGUUUCCCACAAUGGUUCAGGCGUGGUACGAGCAGAGUCCUCGGAGGGUUCCGAAGAGGGUCUGGUUAGGGUUCCAAAAGUCUCUGGGCGUCCUCGUGGGUGGAAAUCACACCUCCUCCAGGUUUUGCACUCGCUAAUCAUCUUCUUGUUUUUGAUUUUCUGGGUCAAUCUCUCUUUGCAUUCUCUGAUUUUUCCAUUUGAAAAAUCCAAGUUUGGAUUUCGGAAAAUAAGUGAUCUUUUACUCGCGAUUGUUCAUCGAAAGACCUGAAUCUGCGACACAAGCGAGGUGGGAAUGGAUUUCAAGGCCUUGAAAUGGCAAAUCCUUCACGGCUCAUUGGCCAGACGUUUGUUGCUUCGAGUUUUCUUGGUUGCACUUGCCAUGGCGAUAUUUCCGUUUGUCCUGAUUGUCCGCGAUGUCUGGGCAACUGAACCUCUUAUUUCGAACUAUGAUAAUUGCCCGGUGGACGAUGACCCGAACCCGCAUUUGUUUCCGGGUGGGUUUGUGAAAUCAACCUCAUCUUUCGCACUGACACUUUUUGGGUCAUCAUCGUCAAUGCCGUGUGAGGAAAAUGAGAAUUUGACAGUCAGUGUGUUUAGAGAGCUAAUGGGCAAGAACUUGUUGGGUUCUGGUUCUAAAGUUUUAUGUGUUGGAGAGGGAUCAGCCUCUGCUGUCUCGUCAUUGCGAGUAUUGGGCGUUUCCAAUGCUUUUGGGGUCCAUAGACACCCCUUCUUCUCCCUCUUGCAAAGCCGCUUUGUUUACAAGCUUGGUUUCGAGGACAAUUCCUUCGAUUUUGUGUUCUCCAGAGCUCUUGAUAGGGUUUCUGUUCCUGCCCUCUUCGUGCUCGAGGUUGAGCGUGUUCUGCGACCGGGUGGCAUUGGUGCUUUGCUUGUGGGUGCUCGGGAUUUGUACUCCGGUAGCUUGGUAAGGUCUGCCACCCCUGUUUCCUCAUUCCUCAAAAGCUCGGAUAUUUUGCAGGUAUGUGGCAUUAGUUCCUUCACUCUGGUUGUUUUCAAGAAAAGAUUUGACAGUGUUGGCUACUUUGAGUGGUAUCAUCUGCCCUACGAGUGCCCAUCAGUUACAAACAACCAGCCAUUUAUGAAGCACAUUGAGCCUCUUGUGAAGAAAAGCCCCGGAGAGCACGAAACAAAGAUUUCAUAUUUACCCAAGUUCGUGGAUUUUUCAUCAAGGAACAGGCUUAUAUAUAUUAAUAUUGGUGCAGGGGAAUAUUUGAACUCUAGCAUUGCAAAUUGGCUCAGGCCCUUCUAUCCCACACCACCUCAAGCUUUCAAUGUCUAUGUCAUUGAUCAUAACACUUCUGCACUCUCAUCUUAUGUGAAAAAACCAGGUACCACCUUUGUUUAUCAUCCAGGCCUAGCGGGAAGUAAGGCCACUGCCAAUGCCAAUUCUGGCAGGGAUGAUUGGAUUAUGCCUCCGGAUGAUGAGUUUGAUUUCAUUAACUGGUUUAAGAAUACAGUGGCUGCUGGGGAUUUUGUCAUCCUCUUGAUGAAUGCAAGAGCAGAAGAGCUGAAACUUCUAUAUGAACUGUUUGAAACCGGAUCAAUAUGCCACGUUGAUGAGCUAUUCCUUCGCUGCUCAGACAGUGUAGAUUGCAAGAAUUCGUUGUGCGGAGACUGCAUGAGCCUCCUCAAGAGUCUCAGGAGGAGUGGUAUCUUUGUCCAUCAGUGGUGGGGGGACUAGACCUCCAUCUCAAGUUUAUCCAUGGUGGAGAAAAAUAAAUCAAGGGAAUUAAUCUUGAAGAAAUUCCAAGAAUUGCAGAAGAGGAGGGGAAAUUUGGAGCUGCUAUGGAGGGUUCAUACGAAGUUGGAGAAGUGGUCAAUCUAGGGACUUAUAGGCUUGUUGCACCAUGCCUGGGACAUAGAAUUUGAAGAAUCUUCACAAAUAUUUCCAUUAGACCUAGUAUAGAUGGUGUUUCAAGUGAUAUGCUGGUAAAGCAACCUGACAUAAGACGUGUAUAUUUGUUGAUUUUGUGUAUUGGGGCUUGGACUUAGGCCUUUUAAUUUAAAUCAGUGUGAAUUUGAUUGAAAUUCAAUGUAAUUUUGUAUUAUAUAUUUUGGCUCAAAUCACACAAAUUUAUGUGAUGCUUAAA